AUGAGUGCUUAUGGACAGGACCAGCUAGUGACGAAGACGUCAGUUAUACUGAGCAAGCCUGACGACUGGGAGCUAUGGCUACUUGUGAAAAGAGAUAUAGCAGAAAGACACGAUAUAUGGCCAUAUGUCGACCCAAGUCUGUCAGCAGAUGAGCUACCACAGCUCAAGCACGAGAAGCCAAAAGAGAAGCCUAUUUGGAAGUUCAUAAGGAGGCAGUUAUCUCAAGAGGAGCAAGAGGAUAUCGACAUUGAAGACCUGUCUGAUCAAGAGCUAUCAGCCUACAACACGUGGACCAAGAAGUAUGAGCGUGAAGCAGCAAUAUGGCAACGAAAACAGAAUGCUGUGAAGGAUCUCAACAUUGAGAUUAUCAGGACAGUUGAUGCUAAGCAUCUGAACUUGAUUAUCAACUGCCGAGACCCGUACAGUCGAUUGACGACACUCAAGAAGCACCUCUGCCUAUCAGUAGGAGAGAGGAAUCGACAGCUACGCAUCCGCUAUCAAGCGGUGUGCACAAGGCCAAAGAAGGCCAGCUUGGACACAUGGCUUGAUGAGUGGGUAACAGUUGCUAGACUACUUCAGGAAGCUGGGAUGCCAAAAGUAAACGGCAACCGAGCGCAGGAAGACUUUAUACUGUCAAUCAGGGGUCUAGACAACAGCUGGGCCGCUGUGAAGCUAGACGAAAUGAUAACAAAGGACCAAGAAGGAGAGCAGUACAUGUCGACUGCGAAUCUAGUCGCUAAAUUCCGGUCAUACUACCAACAAACAAGUCCAGUUGCAUCAUCCCUUGGUACCUUUGCAACAUUAGGAGUGGCAGCCAAGCCAGACGGCCCCACUGCUUCAAGAGGAUCUACACAACGCAUGGUAUGCCUCUGUGGAGAUGAGCACAGGUUCAAGGACUGCCCAUACAUCAAUCACAGUCUACGACCACGGAAUUGGAGACCCAACCACUCAGUACAGAGGAAGUUUGACGAACUGCGUCAACAGUCCAGGAAUCUGGCAGCAAAAGCCCUGAGGAGAGUAGAGUCUCAACUCAAGAAGGAUGGCAAGUUGACAGAAGAUGUCAUAAGACAGUCUACGAUCAGCAUGGAUGAUGGCCAGCCAGUCAGGAGUACAACACACUGCAACGCUAUGCUACAGACUACAGCCAUAGCCGAUCAGACCCAGCCACCAUUACUCACCAGGUGGAUAUUGGACCCAGGAGAGCCCACAGACUACGUCUACGCAGGCGGAGUGUUAGCUCAGAUAGAGGAGUGGGGUGAGGUUGUACUCAACGUCAGCACUCCAACAGGACAAAGUCAGAUGAAGUUGACGUAUGUGGCCUACAUACCUGGAUUCUUCACGAGUGUAGUAGGACUGUCACGCAGCAGACCUCUUGGAGUACACUUUGACUCAGGACGAGACUGCCUGUAUCAAGAGAAGGCAUCAAACGUGAUUUGUCUACUACAGUACCAGGACGGACACUGGUUGAUCAACAAUGAGAGA